AAUCUUCCAGAAAUGUCGUCAUACGCUCUUUACCGAGGGACCACACUGGGUCAGGCACUCGAUAAAACUCUUGAGGACAUGGAAUCCGAAGGACUUCUCACGAAAUCUCUUGCUUCGAAAGUUCUGCAACAAUUUGAUAAAAGCAUGAACAAGCAAAUCUCGCGGCUUCCAAAAGAGAAAAUGAAUUUUUGUGCGACACAACUGCUCACUUAUCGAUAUUGUGAUAACGUUUGGACGUUUAUUCUCAAUAAUGUCACGUUGAAAGAUCCCCAGCGAUCGUUUGAUGAGCCUAUUGAUAAACUGAAAGUGGUCGCCUGUGAUGGUCGUCAAACAAGCCUUCUGCAGACAUUGAGCGCCCAGGGACCAUCCAAGAGAGUCAAUCGAGCUCACGCGGCCGCUGCAGGCGACGAUGAAGAUGAUGACAGUGAUUAGAUGAACUUUCCAAAUCAUUGUUUCAUUUUCUAAUCCAAUUUCUUCUCUUACACAAGCUUUCUAUUGUAUGGGCCCAGCUCAUUUCUUUUCUAGAUCUCUCACGCUGUCACAGCAAGACCUCCUCUAUCUCUCUCAAUCCUAUAAUAUAUUUUUCGAACGAACAACAAUUUAUUGAUUUGAAAAAAUGCAAACAAGGAAAAUCU